GUCGCCCACGCCUGACCGGUGCGGCCAAGGCGCCGCUGCCGCCGCUAUGGAAGAUGAGAUGCCGAAGACCCUGUACGUGGGGAAUCUGUCAAGAGAUGUCACCGAGGCCCUAAUUCUCCAGCUGUUCAGUCAGAUUGGACCGUGCAAAAAUUGCAAAAUGAUAAUGGAUCAGACAGCUGGAAAUGAUCCGUACUGUUUUGUGGAAUUCUAUGAGCAUCGUCACGCAGCCGCAGCUUUAGCGGCAAUGAAUGGGCGGAAGAUAAUGGGUAAGGAGGUCAAAGUGAACUGGGCAACAACCCCCAGCAGCCAGAAGAAAGAUACCAGCAGUAGUACCGUUGUCAACACACUGCGUUCACAAGACCACUUCCAUGUCUUUGUUGGAGACCUCAGCCCAGAAAUUACAACUGAAGAUAUAAAAGCAGCUUUUGCACCAUUUGGAAGAAUAUCGGAUGCCCGAGUUGUUAAGGACAUGGCAACAGGAAAAUCAAAAGGAUAUGGCUUUGUUUCUUUCUUCAAUAAAUGGGAUGCAGAAAAUGCAAUUCAACAAAUGGGGGGACAGUGGCUUGGUGGAAGACAAAUCAGGACUAAUUGGGCAACACGCAAACCUCCAGCUCCAAAGAGUACAUACGAAUCAAAUGCCAAACAACUCUCCUACGAUGAUGUUGUAAAUCAGUCCAGUCCAAGCAACUGCACUGUGUAUUGCGGUGGCGUAACUUCAGGUCUGACAGAACAGCUAAUGCGCCAGACAUUUUCUCCAUUUGGGCAGAUAAUGGAAAUUCGAGUCUUUCCAGAUAAAGGGUACUCCUUUGUACGGUAUGAAAACAUUUCUCUUGCACACCCUAUUUGUGUUUUCAGAAGUUUUAUAAAACCUUCUCCAGCUAGACUUCAACUAAUAUGCAAAUUCACAUUCAUAAGUGAUUUGCAGAGAAACAGGUAUAUGUUCCUGUGUGUAAAAUAUUUUUAGUACAAAGUUUCAUUCACAUUUGAAAAACGCAGCUGAGCGGAGGCUUUGGCAAGCACUAUAAGCACUUUGACCAGUAUGAAGGAGUUGGCUGGAAGGAGCCCUGGACCACAGCAUGGCCGCCCAGAUGGCUCCAUCAAGGCAAAUGCUGUGGUUCCCUUGUUUCAGCAAAAGGGGUGAUGUUGCCUUUGGAAAAGCAGAUCUCUUUCUUCACCCAGUCGUAGAAACAACUCUCUAUUUUAUUCUAUUCUUACAUCCAAUUAAGUCACUUGGGUCACCAAUUAAGCUUGGUCUACCACCUCCUUAUUCUAGAUUGAUGUUUCACAACGUCAGUAACUUUGUAACAUGUGGACAUCAGCUCCCAAACAUCCCCAUCCAGUAUCUUGGAUGUCCACAAAUCUUAAAAGUUCUGAGGUUGAGGAACAUCAAUCUUGAAUAUUUCCAUCGUAGCCUAUAUCUGUCUACAAAACUACGAAGAGAAAGAAGAGGAAGGAAAGCAAACCCUGAAAAGGUUUGAGAAAGAAAAGGAGAUAUCUUGAUACUGAGCUGGAAAAGUGAAGUGCAGACAUUUUCUUCUUUCAGAUAAAAAGGCUUUCCAAGAGUCCAUAUUAAUCUAAAAGCUCACUGUGACACCAGAUACUUGUUAAAAUAAGUCUGUUGUAUUUUCUACUUAAAGUACUGUAUUCAGUAUUUUAGAAGUCUCAUAGAAUAACAGAGAUUAGGGAAACCUAGAGGUCUUCUAGUCCAACCCCCUGCUCAAGCAGGCGACCAUAUACCGUUACAAUCAAAUAGCUGCCCAGGCCCUUCUUAAAAACCUCCAGU